AUGACCAGGUGCGUUUGGACAAUAUUGUUUCUUCUCUCUGCCCUUUUCCUUCAGACAGAGCAAACAGUGUUUAUAUCAGCUGAUGACGCAAACAAUGUUAUCAAGAGACAGCGGCGUGCCAGCUCCCUACUUUUGGAGGAGGUCCUCCAAGGCAGCUUGGAAAGGGAAUGCCUUGAAGAGAGAUGUACACAGGAAGAAGCAAGAGAAGUAUUUGAAAACGAUGACAUGCUCAAAAUGUUUUGGGAUGUCUACUAUGGUGGCAGGAGGUGUUCUUCAAGCCCUUGCCUGCACAACGGCGUGUGUGAGGACAGCAUUCGUGGCUACACCUGCACCUGUGCUGAGGGCUACGAGGGAGAGAACUGUGCUUUCGCUAAAAAUGAAUGUCACCACCAUGCAAAGGAAGGAUGUCACCACUUCUGCUACCCAGGAACUAAUUCCUACCGUUGUUCCUGUGCUGAUGGCUAUGAGCUCGGGAAGGACAAAAAACAGUGCAUCGCGUUAGAUCAAUGUGCAUGUGGCAGACUUCAAGACAGUGAUAAUCUGAUAAGUGAUACCAGGAAGAAAGGAGAUGAGCGAUUUCCUUGGCAGGUCCUGCUGAUAAACUCAGAAGGGAAGGGCUUCUGUGGAGGAGUGCUGCUAAAAAGUAACUUUGUAUUGGCUACAGCAGAGUGUGCCCUCCUGCACAGCCAUUUUGAAAUCAGAGUUGGUGCUGGACCUAAUGGAACAAGUGGAACUGAGAAGAUAAUGCAAGUUAGUGAGAAGCACAUACACAUCCGGUAUGAUGAAGACACUGGUGAGAAUAACAUUGCGCUACUACAACUCCAAGAACAUGUUGAGUGCAACAACCACCAGCUUCCUGUAUGCAUCCCUGAAAGAGACUUUGCAGAACACAUUUUAAUUCCAAAACUGGCUGGUACAGUCAGUGGCUGGAGAAUGGAAGGUGAUGAACUUCAAAGUGAGGAGUUGCAGGUUUCAUACCUUCCUGCUGAGGACUGCAAACAAAUACUCAACAUAAGCCUCACAAACAGGCAGUUUUGUGGACACCUUCAGGAGGCUGUAGACAAACAACUGGCUGGAGGAAGCUUUUUAGCUACUGAGUAUAAGGGCACUUGGUUUCUGACUGGGAUUCUGGGAUCUUGGCCACUAGAAGACACUGACUGGGAAACACUUCUAUUCACUAACACCGCGAGGUAUAUGAUAUGGUUUAAACAAAAAAUGAAAUAAGACACAAACACAACCAAGCCUCCAGCACCAAACCUCUACCCAUCACUGCAAGGAAACAUCUGGAUGCAGGCAGUACACCCAUUUGACUCUGUUGCAACUUCCAUUGCUGCAAAUUGUGAUAAUGUAACUCAAAUUCAUAAAAAGCCCGUUUGUCUUUCCUUCUGCUGACAAUUCAGUGAAAGUCAUGAUGCAGUAUAUCUAGUUAUUUUACUAAAAACUGACUGAACUUUUAAGUUUCCUAGAACUGUUCAUCCUAAAACUCAAACUGUUUUUCUGGGAUUUUAAAUCUUGCUAGAAGAAAAUGAGUCUUUUUAAUUUUUGUUACCCUGAGGGUUUGAUUCAACAAAUUCAUAUUCUUAUUUCAGCAUCCAUACCAGUAAAACUUAUGAAAACCAGAGGAACUCCAAGCCUUUAAAUGCCUGUCUUGAUCUAGGACUUGACACUCUCAUCACACUAAAAAAACGUUUCUCCUCAUACAUGGUACCUGUGUUUUCCCUUACGAAUUAUGUCCUCAUCAGUUAGUGGCUAAAAUAAAACCCAGCUCUCAAAGAUGGGGAAAAAUUGUUUUAUUUCCUUUAAAAAUAAUAAAAAAAACCCUAAACUACUGUCCUGCUGCUAUGGACAAAGUUAUGUUGUAUCACCCCUAAACAGAACUCCCACUGUAGUAACACUUAAAAUAAUGGAUCCUGUGGCAGUAUUUUACCCAGAAGCAGAAUAAAACCGAGUAUGGAUAAGUUACUUAUAUAUGCUUUUGUUCAUUGUAACAAA